UGAUUGGAUGAAAGAUUCACGAGAUGGAGACUGAUGGACGGAGCUGGAAAAGAAGAAUCUGUGACAUGUAUUCAGGCUGAGAGGAUUCAUGUUAACCGUCGUGUCUUGUGGACAAUGGGAGUUCAGUUUCCAUGUAAACAUCCGGAUGAAGAUUUCUGUGUUUUUGAUGUUUCUGUGGAUUCGGACUGUUUCCAGAGGAGAUACUGAGGUGUCCUGUGUUUUUAUGGACAGAUGCAUCUUACCGUGCAGCUUCCAGGUCGCUGAUCACGUCGUCAUCCACUGGAUUCAUUUGACAAAAGGAUACCUCCGUGUCCAUUUGUACGACAACAACCAAGAUGACCUUGGAUAUCAGCACCAGAUGUUCAGAAACAGGACGUCACUGUUCAAGGAGCAGAUCUCCAGAGGAAACGCCUCACUGCAGCUGACAGGAGUGAAGGUUCAGGAUGAAGGAAGAUACAAGUGUUUCAUCAGCACCAUCAACAGAAACAAGGAGACAUUUAUCAACCUAAAAGUUUAUGCUCCAGUCCACAAAAUCAACAUCCAGCAGGUAGAAAACAGGAUGACCUGCAGCUCAGAGGGGAUCUACCCUCAACCUGAGCUCACCUGGUCCACCACACCUCCAUCCAACAUCAACCUCCACAACACAACCACAGUCCAGCAGAAUGAAGAGCAGCUUUACAGCAUCAGUAGUUCUCUGAUCCUCUCACACAGUCGUACUCAUCUGGUCUACAGCUGCACCGUCAGCACUCCAACAAACAGGAGGAGAGCUGCUUGGAGGAAACUCAGUGAUGCUGAGGAGACACUGAUGACGAACACUGUUCUAAAGACUAACCCAGUCAAGUACAAAUGGAGCCACUGAGGAUGGAGGGGAAGAGAUGGAGAAGAUGAAGCUGAACCAGAUCCUGCUGCUCUGUUGAACUGAACACUCUGUUGGUACUGAAGUGAGAAUCUAUCAAAUAAAUGUCAACUGAACGUCCAGUUAAA